GUGUGUGUGUGCGUGCGUGAGUGAGUGUCUGGAGAGGAGAUAGCACUGCUCAGUCAGCGCAGGUUUAACAUUGACCUUGUUGUGCGCGUCGCUGCUGUUCAGCGUGUGAGCGGAGCCAUGCGUGGAGCGGGCUAAUCCGGUGCCCCAGUACACGUCGUCUUGAUUAGCGGCAGCAGCUAUCUGUGCUCAAGCCUGUCUGCCCCAUUUUCAUGCAGGCAGGCAGGCAGCUCCAGGGCCAGGCGGCAGGUCAGGUCAGACGAGACCAAGGCCAAGGAGGCACCAGCAGGAGGAGAGACUGGACACGUAGGAGAGGACGGGGAUACUAAAUAAGUGGGUGUGCCAGGGAGAAAGUAUUAGCGGUCAAUAUAGAUUAGCAGGAUAGUAGGCCAAAGGACAGGAGCCUAAGUAGUAAUCGUGCAGUGUGCACACUGGAUCUGUUUGUGCCUCCCUCUGAGAUCAGGAAGACAGAAAGACAACACAGAGCCAACCCCGGGCCAACCGGCAGACAUCCCAAACAUCCCCACUGGCAUGGAACGCUUCAGCAGGGCUCAGGAGAAGUCUGCCUGACUCCUCACUGGCUCCCUGUGUAAACCUGGUCCAAAGCCCUGCACUGCAUCAGGUCAUCACCACAAUCACAAAAGACUGACUGCCUGCCUGCCUGACCUAUAUGAUGGCCUUUGCCACACUGUGCACUACUGAUUUGAAAAACAACUGACUGGAAUUAAACAGUGAGCUCAGCUGGCUUCAUGUGCAGAGGUUAAUGUCAUCGUGAAUCCUGAGGUCACAGCUUUUUCUCAUAGUCACGAGUCUCCACAGCACACCACAAGGGGGCGCUCCUGCUGUUGAACAUGACUCAUGGGGAAGACGCUGGCCCUGAGACACACCAGGAUUCAGCUGUUCUGACCUAUCUGGAAGGUUUACUAAUGCAUCCUGUGGCGACUGGGCCCGGCGCCACGGCAACGAGGAGAUCAGAGGCCGACCGCAGCGAUGAGAAUCAACAACGGAACCACGCCGUGGUUCAAGGGCCGCCGCUGCCCAAUCAUGGCCCUGCCGCACGGGAGAAGGUCAGUCCCCCAGGCGGAGCCAGCCAGCACCUAAAGAAGGCCAGGCUCCUGCGGUCAGGGGAUUGGGGGGAGACGGAGGAUGGCCGGAGGAAGACACCUCCCGCCGCAAGCUUGAAUGGGCAAGGAGGGGAGCAACAGCAGCAGCAGCAGAGGGCAGGCCAGGACGGGUCUCCGUUGGGGGAGAGCACGCUGCUAGCCUCCCUGCUCACGACCUUCAGCUCCAGGCUCCAAGGAGUGGCUAUGUCCCAGCAGCUCUCACAGAACCCAAAGCAGCCGGAAGCACAAAACGGCGGCAAGAGCUCCCCAGACGAACGCCACAACGCCUUUCAAGGGUACGGCACGGCCUCCAGCCGCCUCAAGGGCCUUGUGAGGAAGAGCAAGAUCCAGAAUCAUGACGCGAGCCGGAAAGGCAGCCAGGACCAAGUCUCUGAGUCGCCCCGUUCGAACGCAAGUGCCGCGGCACAGGCCAGCCCAUCCGACUCCUCUGUGUCUUGCGCCGAGCGGCUGAAGGCUGUGGCAAAUCUGGUGAAGACGAGGUCAAGCCCUGCCCCCUCGCCCCGACCGAGCAUGGCCUGCAGCCAGCUAGCCUUGCUGCUUUCCAGCGAGGCCCACCUGCAGCAGUACUCUAGAGAGCAGGCACUCAAAGCACAAAUAGCCGGACAGUCAGCCAGCGAGAGGCUUGUGGCCAUGGCGUCGCAGAAAUCACAGGACUCAAGACCGCCAAGCGUGGGAGAGACUCUGAUGGUCCCAGACAUGUUGAACUCUUUGAAUGGCCAAAACCGAACGCCUCCCCUCGCAUCAGCAAACUCAAGCCCCUCUCUGAACUCCACACACAGUGGCGGGGCCAUCACUCCACGCACCAGCCCUCAGCCCCAGAAGGAGAGGCGCCACUUUGACAGGCACGUCUCCAGGCCCCCACAGAACUGCAGCAGCCUGCUCCUGCUGCUGCUCAACAACCACAACUCCCAGAAGUCCCAGCCCACCAAGAGCGGACACCUGGAGAGGGAGGAGUGCGUCUUGCCAAGCCGGGCGGCGUCUCUCCUGAUGGACAACCAGGUCUCCAACCAGUACCACAGCCCGCCAAGCCGGGCGGCGUCUCUCCUGAUGGACAACCAGGUCUCCAACCAGUACCACAGCCCGCCAAGCCGGGAGCCCUCUCUCCUGCUGGACAACCAGGUCUCCAACCAGUACCACACCCCGUCAAGCCAGGAGCCCUCUCUCCUGCUGGACAACCAGGUCUCCAACCGGUACCACAGCCCGCAAAGCUGGGAGCCCUCUCUCCUGCUGGACAACCAGGUCUCCAACCGGUACCACAGCCCGCCAAGCCGGGAGCCCUCUCUCCUGCUGGACAACCAGGUGUCCAACCGGUACCACAGCCCGCCAAGCCGGGCGCCCUCUCUCCUGUUGGAGAAUCAAGUCUCUAACCGGUACCACAGCCCAACCAAAUCCAACAGCGAUGCAGAGAGCUACUUUUCCAGCUGCUCCCCCAUCGACCUCUCCAUGCGCACCAGAGUGUCCAGCCAUUAUUCAGCACCACCCUCCUCUUCAUCUUCCUCCUCCUGCUCUCUGGAAAAGCUCACAGAGACGCUGUUAAACAAGUGGAAACCAGACACUUCAGGACCAAAGGUCUCCGAGGCAGGGGAGCUGGAAAUUAGCCCAGACGCCAAAUCCCAUCAUAAGGUCACUCUCAUGCAGUUACUGUUGGAUCGCAGAAACAAUGAAACGGUAAAUAAAAUCAGAGAUAAUCCAGAUUUGCUGCGUGACGCAACCCUGAGCAGCAUGCCCACAGACCCACAUAAAAUGACGUGUAGCGUGUCAAAUGAGGAGAGCCACAGACAAAGUCCUGUAGACUGCCGGGUUAGUCGCACCAUGACAACCUUCUCCUUGAAUGGAGACAUAAGUGGCAGUCCGUCUCCGUAUUCUGUCUCUUCUCCUCAUGUCCAGUCCGGUCCUCUGGAUUUGUGCAAAUCCAAGCCCUACUCCAGUGAAAAGGCUGCAGAGCCGGGUUUUAGUGCCAGUAAACUACUGCAGAACUUGGCACAGUGCAGUCCAACAAACAUCUCCCCUUCUCCACCACCCCUACCGAACUGGAGGCCCAGCAAGCGACCAAGUCCUGGGCUGCCCCCAGAUAAGCUCUCAGCUCCACUGGAGCGUUCAAACCCUCCAACCCAAAGUUUUAGUCCAGUUUUAGACCCACCCUACAGCAGUUUCAAGUCACACAGGAGAGAGUUGCCCUUAUCACCGGCGACGUCACAGAUCGAGAGUUUGCUGGAGAGACGAACCAUGCUGCAGCUGCUGUUGGGCUCUACCUCUCACACUGAGAAAUCCGGCGGGGCAAUAAGGAGCACGGAGGUGCCUAGCGCUCAUUUUGAGAUGCCAUCCAGUGCCCCCGAUAUCCGUGACAGCUCAAACAGGCCCUUGCUGGAUAUCAAAAUCAAAACCGAGCCAGCAGAAGAAAGCCAUCUUUUAGGUCCCCCUGAGAAUGACAACGGGGUACAUCACUGGAACCAUGGACAUUAUGAGAGACAGGGACCCCUCUUUGAGCAGCAGGGUGAUGUUAAAUCUGAACCGUGUCCUGCAGAUAUUGUUUCUAAGUAUGGUCUCCUCAGUCAGCUCUUGAAACAACAGACCAGCACCUACAACCCUGGCACACCCACAGACAACGAUUCAAAAGCUGUGAAGGAGGAACAGCAGGAUUGUCAGGGGCCCAGUCCAAAGAGAAGGAGACUCUGCGUGGAACUGGCUGAGCAGCUAACCAGUGAGCUCUGCUCAAGGCCUGAGUCCUAUGAGGGACUCAAUGGCAAUCUGCUGCUGAGCCCAAAGGAGGAUGAAUCCCCAGCCAGGAGUCCCGUUAGCAAAGUGCUUCCGCGAGACCACCAAGGCUUCAAUGUGCUCAAACAGCUCCUGUUGUCAGACAACUGUCUGAAAGGGCUGUCUCAGGGCCGGGGUGUCUCCAGCCCCUGCCUCCCGCACACCAAGGUCAACGGGAACCUCCUCCACCAGCCUCACUACAACCACAAACUCUCCCAGUUACCAUGGCAGCCUGUGUCUCCGAGCCCUGGGAGCGCUGGCGCUGCCCCCUGGCAGUUGAGCGGCAACGGUUUCCAGGAGGAGUCACGGCAGAACGAGACUGCCCCAACAACGAGCCCCGGCUCUGUGAAGAGGGAGUUGGAGAGCCCGAGGCAAGAGGAAGGGGGAAACGGCUGGGAAGAGCAGCGUGCGUCCAGUCCCGACUCCCCAAGGCUGACCAGGGCCAACCCCAUCUUAUACUACAUGCUUCAGCGGGGCAAAGGGGAGCUGGGGAGAGAGGCAACGGAUCAGAGCCAUACAGGGCACUGUGAGAUUAAAGUCAAAGAGGAGCCCGCGGCAGAUGAGCAGGAGGACGACCAUGGUGGCAAGUACGGCCACAGACUGAGCUUCUCACAGUAGCAGUCUCCUCCACACGCUGAAAAAAAAUGAGCUCGACAAGGACACGGUAUACAUGGACUGAGAUUGACUGUGAACACGGUUUUACUGAGGCACCCAGUUCAUUCCUAGUUUCUUUCUGUCUUUUCAGUUUUUCUUUCUUUUUUAUUAAAGACUAUCCAAAGUUGCAUAAUAUGACCAAUACAGCCAAAUCCAAACCUUUUGAAUUCAAAACUACAAGCAUUUUGUAUUUCAUUGUUGUAGAUUUUGACGUGCAAGUUUAUGAUAGCUUGAUUAAGUAGGUACCAAAUUAAAGCAUCACUAUCAUUGCACUUUAACAUUUCAGUUAUUUUAAGCCAGUUUCAGUUACCCGAAUGCAAUUUUACUUUUUCAUAUCAGUCAAAUUUUAUUGUGUAUCCUGCUCUACUUCCCUGUUACAUUGCAUUGCAUUCUGAAGACCCCUCAUCCUUAUAUUCUGUGAACUAUGGAAAAGGGCAAAAAUAUUUGAUCAUUUUCUUAACUCUGAAAAUAUUUCUAUGACAUCCACUUUCAUAUUGAUUUAUAUCACAACCAGGGCAUUCCACCUUUGUACAAGUAAGGGAAAUGUAAAGAACAUUGCAAUGUGAAGCACAACAUGACAACAACAACAACAACAACAACAACAACAACAACAACAACCAUUAGUGGCAUUAGUGCGAUUAUAUCCCAAGGGCAAAAUGAGAGAAGAAAAAGAUGAGAAAUGUAAAACAUUUUUAUACAGAAUCAGGACAGUGAUCUCAGUGUAAUUAAUUCAGGUAUUUAUUUAUU